GCGGGGAUGGGGUAUUGAGCUUCGGACGUACGGCGUCGUAGGUCGUGACGCGACGCCGAUGACGUCACUUGCGCGGGUGGAGGGUGCGACAACCGAUCAGGGUAGUCGCCCCACAGUGAAAGUCGGCGUCAGUACGGUCCGUACCGACAACUAAAUUACACGACGCGCUUACUAUUUUCUCUAUGUACGCCGAAAAUAUAACCUAUAAACUUUUUGCAGCGUUAUAUCAGUGGUACACGCCAAUGCACGAAAGCUGCUAAAAAUAGUCGGGGUUCGCGCGCUCGCGUCGCCCGCAACCGGCUCUCGUUUUCACUACUCAUACUAUUUCUGUCUAUAGAAAAGCUAUAAGGUAAUCUAUGCAAAGGAAAGUAGAUGGACUCCUGUGCAGACAAUGAAAAAAGUGCGAAAAAAAUACCGAUAGUCGCGAAGCGACAGUGUCCCCUUAUGUUGUUAUAGUGCAGUGACUAAACUUAAAGUAUAACGACGCACACGCUGAAAAAAUGGCGCUUGUUAUGUUACCAUGCGACCUGCCAUGGUGGACUUCUGUGCAACGCCAUCUCAAACAUUUGCUCGUGGCUUCCUCACCUGCAAAAUUAAUGGGCAGCAUGCUUAAAAUUCAUGAUAUGUGCAAUAUUGGUAUAGAUCCUGAUGACGACGUCAAAGACCCAGAACUUAUGAAGGGGUUGGAAGAAUUUAUAGAAGAGGAAAUGACAGAGGAGGAAAGGCGGAACUUUCUAGACAAUACAAUACGUAUCAUGGUGAACAAAGCACUACAUUUAAAAAGAUGGCGCCCACCGAAAGGACUCAUGUUUAGUUUACAGCAACAAAGUGAUGUGACUGAACUUGAUUAUAAUUUCCUUUCUUCACUCGUUGCUCACGCAUUCUUCUCUACUUUUCCAAAACGCACGCUCAAAACACAUCCAACGUUGCAAGAUUUCAAUUUUACGCAUUUUUUUAAAAAUUUACACAGAAAAUCGCAAAGAAAUAAAUUAAAAAGCUUGCUUCAUUACUUCGAAUGGCUAGAUAAAAAUAGCAACGAAGGAUCCAUUAAAUUAAGUAGACAGGUUAUGACAUCAAAGCAGUGGUUGACAAUAGAAGACUGGUUGGAAUGUACACUUCCCUUGUGCAAGUUGUUGGUCAGGCACGAAGGUCGGCCCGAGCGCUGCGAGAACGAUGAAGCGUUAAAAGUUUGCUUCGCAUCUAGUCGUAUUGGUGGUGAUGCACUCCUUGAUGGGGAGUCACAGGAAUCCCUUACAAUGUUCAUGAUGCCGGAAUUGCUACCCGCCAUGCUUUCCGUUGAAGCUCUUGAAGACAACGAAGUUUUAAAAGUAGAAGGAGUUAGAAUGUUUAGCAGAAUUAGUGACAAACGACAAAAAAAUAACGUGGAGCUACUUGAUGAACCAAAAACGGUUACAGUUUGCCUUAUGGACGCUGAGGACUACAGCGCGCUGCCUCUUGGUCAAUGGGAAGAAGACAAUGUACUUCGAGAGCUAAACAAAAGUUUAUUAGCUUUUCAACAAACUCCUAUGAAAUGUCGCGAUUCUCAAAAACAUGAAAGGCGACUAUCACCUAUUGGUGAAUUCUUCAGCCAAACACCACCAGAAGUUGAAACGACGGUUAUGAUAAAGCAAGCGUCUUCAUCAAGUACGAUAAACAGUAUAAGCAGCAGGAGUCCAUCGCCGCAACACUACACCGCAACAGAACUAAACUUGAAUGACCCAAGUGUAGAGUUACAAAAACGUAAAUGCUGGUUGUCUCCUGAUGCUGGCACGUUAAAUAACCGACGAGGUAGGUUCAUCGUGCUAGGCUCGUCCGGCGAGUGUCUACCCGUCACCCGGACCGCACACCCUAACCUCGACACACAGGAAGACAGUCUCUAUUCGAGCUGCAACUCUAGUGACGAUGAAUUCCACAGUGCCAAUGAUAGCUUCGAUUAUGGUAGCGAAGAUGAGGGUAGAGGGGAAAGUGCACGUCCAAAUUCAUUCCAAUAUUCCAAAGAACUUUCUACCGAGGAAAGAAGAAUUAGUUUCGCUGACAGACUGCGUGAAGCUCUCCGAAGGGAAGCUGAAAACUCUUGCACCACAAGCACCACUGGGGACUGGUCCACUGACAGUUCUAGUUAUGCUGUCGGUAUCAGCAUAUCUGGAGCUGAAGUUAAUGACAAUGACAUCAGGGUAAAACGAGGCGGCUCCGUCGGAUUCGUGUUAACGGAGAAAGAAAAUUUGGAAAAUGGCAACAGGCCACCUCGACUUCUUUCCAGGAAAGAAACUGGAAACAGUUCCAAGUACAGUUUUAGUACUGAAUAUACUUCAGAAUUAGAAGAAGUUUAUGAACAAUUUAACCAGUGGCUGAAUGAUCCCAUAGUGGAUAACGAUAGCUCAGAAAAUAAAAAUAGGGAACUGGACUCGCGAGAUUUGGCUGUGAUUAGAUUCGCUGGGUCACUUUUGAAACGAACGCUGAGCGAGUCGAUGGCGAGCGGCGGGGGCGACGGCGCGGACGCGGUGGAGCUGUACGGCCGCGACUCGCGCGAGCGCAGCGCGCCGCGCCGUCUCGCUCUCGCCGCGCGCUCUCUGUCCCUCGAGCUCGCGCGACAUCGCCACCGUCUAGCCGCGCAUUUGAAACGUAAAGUAAAAGAAUCGAUACCAGAGGAUUUAUUAGAAACGAGUACAAACAACAAUACAGAGAACGAAUCAAAUGAUAACGAGUCGAGGUCCAUCAGCUCCUCAACCGAAACUUGUUCGACGCAAGUGUCGAAUCCGAUUAACAGAAAGAAAAAGUUAAAUUGGGUAGUAAACAUGAUAGUCGAAACGAUAGAAGAAACGGUCGAAUGCGAACCAGUCACGAUAAAAAUAAAGAAACCAAAGCUAAACCAACUAGCUCAUAAGAUAGUAACGGGCGGGUCGUGUCGUCCCGUCGCUACCGGCAACUGGGGCUGCGGGCACCGGCAGCGAGGACACCCGCAACUCAAACUACUGCUACAGUGGUUGUCUGCCAGUGUGGCUGGCGUGCCAGCGCUCAUCUAUUACACAUUCGGGAAUGAUAAAUUGUUUAAACUGGACACAUUGGUAAGGGUGCUUACAGAUAGAAAAUGGACAGUUGGUCAGCUGUCACGAGCCGUUCUUAAAUUUUCGCGGCAAACUCUACACGAACCGCACGUCAUUCCCGAUAAUCAUUCACUCUUCGAUGAACUAAUCGGUAUCGAAAAAGUUCCGGAUAAUUUUUGAAUCGUCUUCUAUUUCACAUUUAUUGCAAUUUGUAUCGGCAUUCUAAAUUCUAUUCACACUAUAAUGGUACAUGAUGAUUUUUAUGAUAACCGUUUGUUUAUUGAAAGAAUUAUUUAAAUUUUUUAUUAGCAAUAGUAACAAAUUCUUUGUUAACAACACUAAAAACAGUCAAAACGUCCAAAAAUUUAAAUUUGCUAAUUAUAUCAUCAUAAUUUUAAUAUUUAAAUAAAAUAUCAAUAAACUUCAAUUAUUCUUACAUUUAAUAUAAAUUUAUAUUAGAAAUGUGAGAGUAAUGUUUAUUGCUUCUUACAAAUUUACUGAAUUACAUAAACGUUAGUGAAAUUCAUUAUUGAAAUAAUAAUGAAUUUGAUUACUUUUGCUAAUAGUAAAUGUGAUACAUUCACACUAUGGUAUUUAUGUUAUCUGUAAUCGAAGAGAAUAAAUGAGAAUGACAUACAUUCUCAUUUUACAGACACAUAGUAGAGCCGAAAUGGCUCAGUAAAAAUAGAACGUCGAUCUUAGCCUAAGAUUGCGAGUUCGGGCGAGCACAUGUUGAUUUAUCAUUUUCUUUAUUUGUUUGAGUUUAUAAUCCAUCUCGUGUUAGGCUACAAAGGAAAACAUCGCGAGGAAACCUGCAUGGUCUGAUUACAUUCUUCCACAUGUGAACAAGCUUCACAUUCAGAGGAAAUGAGAUGUUUGCAGCAGUGAGCCUGUACGGGCUGACAUAGUAUAUUUAAAUUUUUUCGCCUGGUAUUACCCGAGCUCAAUAUAAUAAAUAAUUACAUCUUUCGAUGCAUUUAUUUCAAAUAUCGUAAUUAUAUUAUUAUUAUAAACCUUAGAAUACAUAAUAUUAAAAAAACUAAUUAUGUGAUUAUGGCAGCUGUGGCUUAAUUAUACGAUGUUUGUGCAAUUUGAAGUAGAUUAAAAUAAAAACUACUUAAAAGCAAUAUUAUAAUUGAAAUUUAAUAUUUUUGUACAAAUAAUAAGUACAACUUGCGUGUAACGAUUUAUAUCGUAGGAUUUUUAUGAAGUUAUUUGAAAUAAUUAACUUGUUAAAAAAAACUUUAAAUAAAAAUUUAAUACACGUACUUUAACCUAAUUUUAAGUCAUUUUAAUAAAUCUUAUUGACCUACAUCCAUACCCUCUUCUAAAGAGUAUUCGAAUUAUCUCACCAUUCAUUUCAAGAUACGAUUGAGAAACGGAAUAUUUAUAACAGAUGAAAUAAUUAACUCGAUAAUAUCGUCUUAUAUUUGUCAAUUUUUUAACAUUAAAACCAUCGAAAAAUGACAUUAUUUUAUAUAGUUGUAAUAUCAAACAAACGGGCAUGUUAGUACUAUCAUUGAAAGUGUGUUACAUUCAAAAGGUCUUCCAUAGCAUGAAUCUCGAUGUGUCCAAAGUUUGUUAAUUUUGUGUAAUUAAUUGAAAUAACCAAACCAGAUGAUGCCAAUAAAACUUUGGGUCAUAAGUAAGUGUUUUAUUAUCCUUUCCUUGCAAUACUUA